AUGGAUGCUGUCAACUCCAGCGUUCAGUCUCGACUGCUGCAGACAGGGUCUUUCCGCCUGCCGCCGGAUUUUCUGGCUGCCUGGCCCAUCUGGCAGUACAUCGUGACUUUUCUGCUUGGAGUGGUGGUCUAUGACCAAGUUAUGUACCUCAAGAGAAAGGGUCCCAUUGCUGGACCUCCCUUCAAGAUUCCGCUUAUUGGCCCAUUUCUCCAAGCGAUCCAUCCCAAGUUCGAAGCGUACCUGGCACAGUGGGCGAGUGGACCUCUCAGCUGUGUAUCUGUCUUUCAUAAAUUCGUCGUCCUCGCCUCCGACAGAGACCUAGCCCACAAGGUUUUCAAGUCUCCCGCAUACGCCGAGCCAUGCAUAGUUCCCAUCGCCAAAGACCUUCUAGGCCACAGAGCAUGGGUGUUUCUCCAAGGGAGGGCCCACGCCGAAUACCGUAGAGGAUUGACUCCCCUGUUCACCAACAAGGCUAUGGCCACAUACCUGCCCGUUCAAGAGAAGGUAUUAAGUGACUACUUCGAAAAGUUCGUAGCGGCCAGCCAGGCGAAUCAGGGACGUCCCAUGGCGUUCAUGACCAUGUUCCGCGAGAUCAACUGUGCCCUUUCAUGUCGCACCUUCUUCGGGGACUACAUCUCCCAGGACGCAGUCAAGAAGAUCGCCGACGACUUCUACCUAGCCACGGCCGCUAUGGAGUUGGUUAACAUUCCCCUGUCCAUGUACAUCCCGUUCACCAAGCCCUGGUUAGGCAAGCGGACGGCCGACGCGGUCCAUGCCGAGUUCGCCAAAUGUGCAGCCGCCUGCAAGGCUAACAUGGCUACGGGCGCGACGCCCACAUGCAUCGUAGACCAUUGGGUGCUCCACAUGAUGGAGUCAAACCGAUAUCGCGAGCGCAUCGCCGCAGGGGAGACAGACGUGGAGAAGCCCACAAAUCUCGUCCGCGAGUUCACCAACGAGGAGAUCAGCGAGACGCUAUUCACCUUCCUCUUUGCUUCGCAGGAUGCGUCCAGCAGCGCUACCACCUGGCUGUUCCAAAUUCUCGCGCAGCGACCCGAUGUCCUUGAUCGACUACGGCAGGAAAACCUGACCGCGCGCGGCGGGGAUAAGAAUAAACCCUUCGAUCUGCCCAUGCUGGAGUCGCUCAUCUACACCAACGCAGUGAUCAAGGAGCUUCUCCGUCAUCGUCCCCCCGUCAUCUUCGUUCCCUACCUAGCCACCCGGAACUUCCCCAUCACCCCCGACUACACCGUCCCCAAGGGCUCCAUGGUCGUCCCAUCCUGCUACCCGGCUCUCCACGACCCGGAUGCGUACCCGAACCCGGAUGUCUUCGAGCCUGAGCGCUGGAUAUCCGGCGAUGCCCAGUCCAAGACAAGGAACUGGCUCGUCUUCGGUGCGGGCCCGCAUGACUGUCUCGCUCGGAGGUAUGUGCCGCUCUCGAUGGCCGGGAUGAUUGGCAAAGCGGCGCUAGAGCUCGAUUGGGCGCACCAUGCAACGGCGAGGUCGGAGGAGAUUCGGGUGUUUGCAACGCUGUUCCCGAUGGAUGGGUGUCAGUUGGUUUUCACGAAACGUUAG